AUGACUAGAACUAAUGAGCAGAUAGCUCGUGCCAUGGGGAUGAUGGAUAUGGAUAUGCAGCAGCAAAAUGCUUAUUUUGCUAGGAUGGACGCUGAUAGAGUUGCAGCUGGUGUAGCAAGGCCAGUGGGGUCACAAGAGAGCCGGGAUCUAGCUGAGUUCCGGGAAUGCCAUCCUCCACAGUUUAAGGGAGAUGAGAGGAGGCUGACAUAUGCUAUCUACAUGCUGGUUGGGGAGGCUGAGCAUUGGUGGAGGGGCACUCACCAUAUGCUGACUACUAGAGGUGUUGUUGUGGAUUGGGAGUGCUUUAGGAGGGUGUUCAUGGAGAAGUACUUCUCGGAGAGCGUGAGGCACGUUAAGGAGGCUGAGUUCAUGCGGUUACACCAGGGUGGGCUGAAGUUUGUUGAGGGUUUGAAGCAAGAGCUGAAGAGGGUGGUGGUGCCUAUGGCCAUCAUUGAGUUUCCGGCCUUAGUUGAAAAGGCGAGGGUUGUUGAGCGGUUAGAAGGUGGCAACCGUGUGAUGAAGACUACUGAGGGACCAGCUGGGUCCAAGAGGGAAGGAAACCAGAGGAAGCCAUAUGAUAGGCCCCAACCACAACAAGGGGGUCCUUUCAUUAGGCAACCUGCUGAUGCUAUCAGGGGAGGGAGACAUGGUGGAGGUGUCACUCUUAGAUGUUUCAGGUGUGCUGGACCCCAUUUUGUUAGGGAUUGUCCACACACGGAGAGCUGGUGUUUCAGGUGCCAUCAGAUGGGUCAUGAGUCAACAAACUGUCCCGCUAGAGACAGACCUGAAAGGGGUUCUCAGAGGGGUGAUGCUUAG